CCGACGGCUUCCUGUGCGCUUCCCGGCCCCGGUGCCGGUGCCUCGGUACGUGCCGUGCCAGGCGCUGCCCCAACGCCGCGUCCUCGCCGCCGGGCCCUGGCACCAUGCUGCGCCGCAAGCCCUCCAACGCCGGGGAGAAGGAGUCGGGACACAGGAAGCUCUCCCUCCAGCGCUCCAGCAGCUUCAAGGACUUCGCCAAGUCCAAAGUCAGCUCCCCCGCACCGAGCGAGAAGGAGUUCAACCUGGAGGAGAACAUCCCCGAGGAUGAGCCCAGCAGCGCCGGCCCCGAGGACGCCGCACGGAGCAGCGGGAUGAAGCUGGGCAAGAAGUGGCGGGCUGUCAUCUCCCGCACCAUGAACCGCAAGAUGGGCAGGAUGGCCGUGAAAGCCCUGGCGGAGGGGAAGGGAGAGAUGGAGGAGGAGGGGUCCCCGUGCCCCCUGUCCCCAGCCGGCAACACGGAGGGGCCCAGCCACGAGAAGGUGCCCCUGUCCUACGUGGAGAUGGAGGAAGACGGGCACCCAGCGCUCGGCCGCCAGCUGUCCAGUGGCAGCGAGGUCUCCAGCCCCGGGGGCAGCCAGCGGGAGAGCCUGCAGCUGGAGGAGAGCGGCCCAGCCUACACCGGCCCCUUCUGCGGCCGGGCCCGCGUCCACACCGACUUCACACCCAGCCCCUACGACAGGGACUCCCUCAAGCUGCGGAAAGGGGACAUCAUCGGCAUCAUCGAGAAGCCGCCCGUGGGCACCUGGACGGGGCUGCUCAACAACAAGGUGGGCUCCUUCAAGUUCAUCUACGUGGACGUCCUUCCCGAGGAGGAGGCCCCCCCCCGCAAGAGCCGGGGCUCCGUCAAGAGCAAGCGGCCCAAGCCCAAGACCCUCCACGAGCUGCUGGAGCGCAUCAACCUGCAGGAGCACACCUCCACCCUGCUGCUCAACGGCUACCAGACCCUGGAGGACUUCAAGGAGCUGCGGGAGACCCAUCUCAACGAGCUGCACAUCACGGACCCCCAGCACCGCGCCAAGCUGCUCACGGCCGCCGAGCUCCUGCUGGAUUACGACACAGCGAGUGAGCCGGAGGAAGGUGACAGCUCCGAGGCCCAGCCUUCACCCUUGGAGCCCAAGGGGGACAUUCCCCGGGACUCGGGCUGCUUCGAGGGAUCGGAGGCCUUAGACAGCAGCCGGGACGAGGCCGAGCCGGGCGGGCCUGAGGGGCAGCUGCAGGCGCUCUCCCUGGCAGAGUCCUCCUGAGCCUGCCCUGCCGGCACUGCCCACCGACGGGCGCAGCCCACCCCCGGCAGUGGGUCCGGCUGGAGGGGAUGGCUGCUUGCGGGGGGGACACUCAGGUGAGCCCUGGCAGCAGGACCCCGCAGGCAGCUCGGCCCCCGGUCCCAUUUGCUGCCCCCAGAACAUUUUGUACUGCACUGCCCCGCACCCCUACCCUGACGUGGGUGCUGCAGGCACCCCGGGCACCGCGCCCCCCACCCAGGGCCUGGGUCACCUCUCCGGGGGUGGCCCCACUUCACCCACAGCUUCAGAAGCUCCCCCCGGAGCCCUCGGCUGCUGGGCUGAGCACACAGGAGCCUGCAGGGACAGGCAGGGCCAGAGCAAACCCAGUGCUGAGCAACUGGGUGGGAGAGCCCAGAGAUGCCACCCAGCCCAGCUCCUGGCCACGAGGGAGGACACUUCCUCCAGCACCUUCCUCGCACAGCCAGGGCAGGCAGGGAAAGGUUUGCUGGACAACUGUGGGGGGAGAGGUUCAGCCGCGCUGGGAGCAGCCCAGCAAGGGCAUCAUGAGCCCCCUUCCUCAGCUCAAGGGGAGCCCCAGAGGCCACCAAGGUGGUCCAGGGGGUCCAGGGGGGCUAGGAGAGAUGGAGUGACCGUCCUGCUGCGCGAUGGGCUCAGCAGAGUGAGGAUGUCACCCAGCACAGCCCCAUCCAGACCCCCCCAAAGCACCCCAGACAGCCCCCAGGAAGGGGCAGGGGAGCUGCAGCCCAGCCAAGGCCCCCCUGCAUGGGCAGGGUCGUGGCAGGGGCAGGCACCAAGGGAUCUCCAAGGGAGAAGGACGCAUCAACCGGCUGCUCCCCAGCUGGGGGGACCUGCCCCAGCCCCUUUGGGCCAGCCCUGGCUGCUGUGGGCCACCAACUCCAGUUCCCGCGCUGCAGCAGCGGCCCGUGGGCACCCAGACUGUUCCUUUGAGCUCCAUCCCAAUAAACGCCUGCAAGACCA